AUGGGUGAGUAUGAGUACACUGUGCCUACGACCUCGCCUUUUUAUCGUGGGGUAGUAUCCCCGGCGUGUGAGUGGCUGGUACGGCGCAUUCCGGCUAACGUCACGCCGGAUGCAAUCACGUGGGUCGGUUUACUCUUCGCGGCCACGGCAGUGUUGGUGAUGCCGCUAAGUCGAUGGCUGGCCGCAGUCUGUUGGGUCCUGUAUGCCACGGCCGACAAUCUUGAUGGAAAACACGCCCGUGCAACGAAACAAGCGAGCGUGAAGGGUGAAUUCCUCGACCACGUCGUGGAUUCCGCCACCUGCAGUCUACUCACCAUCAUCCUGGCAGCCUCCACGGAAGGUCACUACCCACCCUGCGCCAUGCUCACUCUUACCGUCCAAGUACCCUUCAUCAUCGGGUGCUGGUACUACUACAGCACGGGCCGCAUUCUCCUCGGAUGCACCUCCAAAGGCCAACAAGGACCUUGGGUCACGGUGGAUGAGAUUAACUAUAUAGCAGUACCGCUUCUAAUUGCACUGCAGCCUCUGUGGACUUGUUUUGACGUGUAUGGUAUCAAGCUAG